CUUUUUGAGCACAACACCCCAACUCUGAGCCACGAAGCUGUAACGGCGUACAACCACCCAACAUGGCGUUCUCCAAGUCCCCAACUACUGCUACAGGCUUCAAGCCCAAGAACAAGCUCCGCCGACAAGCCGCACAUCUCUCCAUAAAGAAGGCCAGAGAAGCAGAAAAGCGUGAUCUUCGACAUCGCCGUAAACGAGAGGAAACCAAGGAUGCCUCGCUGCGCGAAGAACGUCUCAAGAACAACGUUCCCCAGACUAUCGAUAACAAGCGAGUAUGGGACGAGCCAGUAGGAGACGAUGAGGAUGUCCUGGGUUGGGCGGUAGAUGUGGAGCGACUGGCGAAGAAGAGGAAACUCGACCAGGAAGCAGCUGAGAAGGAUGAAGAGGAGGGUGUAUUAGCCAAGCUCAAGAAGAGAGACCAAGAGCCAGAUGCAGACGAGGACGAGGACGACGAGGACGACGAGGAUGCAGACUCCAUGCUGGACUCUGACAACGAAGACGCCUUCUCCAGCGACGACUCCGAAAUCACCAAGCCCUCCAACAAGCGCGCCGCAUCCCCCGACCCCUCAAUAGCAACCACAACCGCCACAAACAUGGAGCUCUCCCCCGAAUUCCUCAAACAGAAAUUCCCCCAACUCUUCGACCCCCAACCUGAACCCAAGAUCCUCGUCACCACAUCCAUAAACUCCUCCCUGCACAAAGAAGCCGACACCCUGACCUCCUUCUUCCCCAACAGCACCUAUAUCCGACGCACCGCACACGCCCACGCACACAAAUACUCGAUACGCGAGAUCUCGCAAUUCGCCGCGGCGCGCGACUACACCGCCGUCGUUGUGCUUAUGCAAGCCGAGCACGAGAAGAAGCCCGACGGACUGGAUAUCGUGCACUUGCCUAACGGACCGCACUUUCAUUUCAGCGUGACGAAUUGGGUGGAUGGGAAGAAGCUGCCUCGACACGCGAAUGACACAGGGCACUACCCAGAACUCAUAUUGAAUAACUUCAAGACACCGCUGGGUAUCCUGACGGCGCACUUGUUCAAGGGCUUGUUUCCUGCGGCCCCGGAACUGGAGGGGAGACAGGUCUUAACGCUGCAUAAUCAGCGCGAUUAUAUCUUUGUGAGGAGACAUCGGUAUGUGUUCCGCGAUAAGCGGGAGACGGAGAAGCCGAUUCUGGGGAAUGAUGGGAAGCCGCUUAAGGGGGUUGAGGAUGUGAAGGUGGGUAUGCAGGAGAUUGGGUAAGUCUGCAUUCCUGAAAGUGGAUGUUGGACCAUUGCUGACGUGACGACAGGCCUCGCAUGACCCUCAAGCUCCGAAGGAUAGAUCGCGGGAUCCAGUUCAAGAGUGGCCAGGAAUGGCAGUGGAAGGGCCGUAUGGAGAAGCAAAGGACGCGCUUCAACAUGUAGAAGAACCGUGUCUGGUCUCAAGACUUGCACCAAUCUGAAAGAUGCCGAAGACUCGAGGAAUUGGCUCAAGGCCGUAGUGCUAUUACGCAAGGGAUCGUGAUGGCCUAAACUAAAUAUGCAAGACCCACACGCUGCUCACCCACAACAUCCUCACUGACCCAGCCAACCUGUUUCCAACGCCUUGAGUAAUGGAGUAAUGUCAAAACGCCAAA